ACCUUAAAGAGAGCCUUCCUUCACUUCAUAGUUACCUUAAACAGAGCCUUCCUUCACAUCAUAGUUACCUUAAACAGAGCCUUCCUUCACUUCAUAGAUACCUUAAACAGAGCCUUCCCUCACUUCAUAGAUACCUUAAACAGAGCCUUCCUUUACUGCAUAGCUACCUUAAACAUAGCCUUCCUUCACUUCAUAGUUACCUUAAACAGAGCCUUCCUUCACUUCAUAGUUACCUUAAACAGAGCCUUCCUUCACUUCAUAGAUACAUUAAACAGAGCCUUCCUUCACUUCAUAGUUACCUUAAACAGAGCCUUCCUUCACUUCAUAGAUACCUUAAACAGAGCCUUCCUUCACUUCAUAGUUACCUUAAAGAGAGCCUUCCUUCACUUCAUAGUUACCUUAAACAGAGCCUUCCUUCACAUCAUAGUUACCUUAAACAGAGCCUUCCUUCACAUCAUAGAUACCUUAAAAAGAGCCUUCAUUCACAUCACAGUUACCAAGUAACAGAGCCUUCCUUCACUUCAUAGUUACCUUAAACAGAGCCUUCCUUCACAUCAUAGUUACCUUAAACUGAGCCUUCCUUCACAUCAUAGUUACCUUAAACAGAGCCUUCCUUCACAUCAUAGUUACCUUAAACAGAGCCUUCCUUUACUUCAUAGAUACCUUAAACAGAGCCUUCCAUCACUUCAUAGAUACCUUAAACAGAGCCUUCCUUCAUGUCAUAGAUAUGUUAAACAGAGCCUUCCUUCACUUCAUAGAUACCUUAAACAGAGCCUUCCCUCACUUCAUAGAUACCUUAAACAGAGCCUUCCUUUACUUCAUAGCUACCUUAAACAUAGCCUUCCUUCACUUCAUAGUUACCUUAAACAGAGCCUUCCUUCACUUCAUAGUUACCUUAAACAGAAGCCUUCCUUCACUUCCAUAGAUACAUUAAACAGAGCCUUCCUUCACUCAUAGUACCUUAAAACAGAGCCUUCCUUCACUUCAUAGGAUACCUUAAACAGAGCCUUCCUUCACUUCAUAGUUACCUUAAAGAGAGCCUUCCUUCACUUCAUAGUUUACCUUAAACAGAGCCUCCUUCACAUCAUAGUUACCUUAAACAGAGCCUUCCUUCACAUCAUAGUUACCUUAAACAGAGCCUUCCUUCACUUCAUAGUUACCUUAAACAGAGCCUUCCUUCACAUCAUAGUUACCUUAAACAGAGCCUUCCUUUACUUCAUAGAUACCUUAAACAGAGCCUUCCAUCACUUCAUAGAUACCUUAAACAGAGCCUUCCUUCAUGUCAUAGAUAUGUUAAACAGAGCCUUCCUUCACUUCAUAGAUACCUUAAACAGAGCCUUCCCUCACUUCAUAGAUACCUUAAACAGAGCCUUCCUUUACUUCAUAGCUACCUUAAACAUAGCCUUCCUUCACUUCAUAGUUACCUUAAACAGAGCCUUCCUUCACUUCAUAGUUACCUUAAACAGAGCCUUCCUUCACUUCAUAGUUACCUUAAACAGAGCCUUCCUUCACUUCAUAGAUACCUUAAACAGAGCCUUCCUUCACUUCAUAGUUACCUUAAAGAGAGCCUUCCUUCACUUCAUAGUUACCUUAAACAGAGCCUUCCUUCACAUCAUAGUUACCUUAAACAGAGCCUUCCUUCACAUCAUAGUUACCUUAAACAGAGCCUUCCUUCACUUCAUAGAUACCUUAAACAGAGCCUUCCUUCACUUCAUAGUUACCUUAAACAGAGCCUUCCUUCACUUCAUAGAUACCUUAAAAAGAGCUUUCCUUCACUUCAUAGUUACCAAGUAACAGCCUUACUUCACAUCAUAGUUACCAAGUAACAGAGCCUUCCUUCACUUCAUAGUUACCAAGUAACAGAGCCUUCCUUCAAAUAAUAGUUACCUUAAACACAGCCUUCCUUUACAUCAUAGUUACCUUAAACAGAUCCUUCCUUCACUUCAUAGAUACCUUAAACAGAGCUUUCCUUCACUUCAUAGAUACCUUAAACAGAGCCUUCCUUCACUUCAUAGAUACCUUAAACAGAACCUUCCUUUUCUUCAUAGCUACCUUAAACAGAGCCUUUCUUCACUUCAUAGAUACCUUAAACAGAGCCUUCCUUCACUUCAUAUUUUUUCCUUAAACAGAGCCUUCCUUCACUUCAUAGUUACCUUAAACAGAGCCUUCCUUUACUUCAUAGCUUUUUUAAACAGAGCCUUCCUUCACUUCAUAGUUACCUUAAACAGAGGCCUUUCCUUUACUUCAUAGCUUUUUUAAACAGAGCCUUCCUUCACUUCAUAGUUACCUUAAACAGAGCCUUCCUUUACUUCAUAGCUUUUUUAAACAGAGCCUUCCUUCACUUCAUAGUUACCUUAAACAGAGCCUUCCUUCACUUCAUAGAUACAUUAAACAGAGCCUUCCUUCACUUCAUAGUUACCUUAAACAGAGCCUUCCUUCACUUCAUAGAUACCUUAAACAGAGCCUUCCUUCACUUCAUAGUUACCUUAAAGAGAGCCUUCCUUCACUUCAUAGUUACCUUAAACAGAGCCUUCCUUCACAUCAUAGUUACCUUAAACAGAGCCUUCCUUCACAUCAUAGUUACCUUAAACAGAGCCUUCCUUCACUUCAUAGAUACCUUAAACAGAGCCUUCCUUCACUUCAUAGUUACCUUAAACAGAGCCUUCCUUUACUUCAUAUAUACCUUAAACAGAGCCUUCCAUCACUUCAUAGAUACCUUAAACAGAGCCUUCCUUCAUGUCAUAGAUAUGUUAAACAGAGCCUUCCUUCACUUCAUAGAUACCUUAAACAGAGCCUUCCUCACCUUCAUAGAUACCUUAAACAGAGCCUUCCUUUACUCAUAGCUACCUUAAACAUAGCCUUCCUUCACUUCAUAGUUACCUUAAACAGGAGCCUUCCUUCACUUCAUAGUUACCUUAAACAGAGCCUUCCUUCACUUCAUAGAUACAUUAAACAGAGCCUACCUUCACUUCAUAGUUACCUUAAAACAGAGCCUUCCUUCACUUCAUAGAUACCUUAAAAGAGCCUUCCCUUCACUUCAUAGUUACCUUAAAGAGAGCCUUCCCUUCACUUCAUAGUACCUUAACAGAGCCUUCCUUCACAUCAUAGUUACCUUAAACAGAGCCUUCCUUUACUUCAUAGAUACCUUAAACAGAGCCUUCCAUCACUUCAUAGAUACCUUAAACAGAGCCUUCCUUCAUGUCAUAGAUAUGUUAAACAGAGCCUUCCUUCACUUCAUAGAUACCUUAAACAGAGCCUUCCCUCACUUCAUAGAUACCUUAAACAGAGCCUUCCUUUACUUCAUAGCUACCUUAAACAUAGCCUUCCUUCACUUCAUAGUUACCUUAAACAGAGCCUUCCUUCACUUCAUAGUUACCUUAAACAGAGCCUUCCUUCACUUCAUAGAUACAUUAAACAGAGCCUUCCUUCACUUCAUAGUUACCUUAAACAGAGCCUUCCUUCACUUCAUAGAUACCUUAAACAGAGCCUUCCUUCACUUCAUAGUUACCUUAAAGAGAGCCUUCCUUCACUUCAUAGUUACCUUAAACAGAGCCUUCCUUCACAUCAUAGUUACCUUAAACAGAGCCUUCCUUCACAUCAUAGUUACCUUAAACAGAGCCUUCCUUCACUUCAUAGAUACCUUAAACAGAGCCUUCCUUCACUUCAUAGUUACCUUAAACAGAGCCUUCCUUCACUUCAUAGAUACCUUAAAAAGAGCUUUCCUUCACUUCAUAGUUACCAAG